AUGGAGAUGCUUGCUGCAGCGUUGGAGCGUCCUCCAUGUAUCCAGUCCUCUCGUUGUGACUCCUCCACCUCUCCCUGGGUCGAUAUCCGGUCUACUCGCUGGGACUCCUCUACCUCUCCCUGGGUGGUUGUCCAGUCCACUCGUUGGACUUCCUCUACCUCUCCUUGGGUACGCAGUUUCUUUCAGCCCUUCUGUGAGGAGUAUGACUGUGAGGAGUAUGACUGUGAGGAGAUGUUGCUUGAUAAUCAAGAAUGGCGUCAAAUUGACUAUCUUCUACAAAUCACUCGGCCAUUCUUUGACUACACAACAGAGCUCUCGAAGACAAAGGAGGUCACAACACAUCUUGUCUUUAAGAUUUACAAUGCCCUCUUUGAUCACCUACUUGAAGUAGAGGCGCUGCUCAAACGCAAGCGUGUUCUAUGGAAAUCAGACAUGCUCAAAGCACUCAUAUCUGGUCGCUUGAAACUUGAUGAGUACUACUCUCAAACCGACAAUCUCAAAGGACAUAUCUAUGCAGUUGGGACAAUGCUGGCCCCUGACAGCAGACUUCAAUUCUUUCUAUCUGAUAAAUGGGAGCCUCACUGGCGUGAUACCUACCGGAAAUCGUUCCAGGAGUUAUUAAUUCCGUAUCAAGAGCGUCUUACAACGAAUCAAGGAUCGACCAAUACUCCAACAAUAGCAUCAUCUACUUCUAGGCUGAACAAGAUGCUAAAGAGCAAUAAGAUAUCCGCAAAGCCAGCUGGUGAUGAGAUGACUCAAUAUCUCGAUAGUGACCUAAUUGAUAUUGAACCUCUUCAAUUCUGGCGGGAGAACCAAUCUCGUUUCCCUGCGAUCGCGUUACUUGCUCGCGAUAUUCUCUCUAUCCUAGCAACUGGUGCUGGUGUCGAACGGCUCUUCAAUACUGCUCGGGAUGUUUGUCACUACCGCCGUGGUCGUCUGAAGUCCGAAACAAUCGAGGAGCUUAUGUUGUUUCUAUGUGCAAUAAGAUUCAAUCUUAAGGAUGCUGAGGCAAAGCAGCUCGAGCAGUUCUUUAAAUUAGCUGAGAUCGAGUCGGCGAAGGAGCAGAACGAUAAUUAUACAGAGGAUGCUGAGCUUGACCUGAUUAGUGACAAUGAAGAGGAAGAGGGAGUAGAUAAUAGACCGCGAGAGACAUCUCCUUAUUUAAUAGAUAUAGAUAUAGAGGUAACGGAGCCAGAGUUACCAGAGACUGUAACUCAGAGACGGCCCUCAGGGAGGAAGCGUAAGAGCAGAGCAGAUGAUGAUUUUGAGCAAUAUUAG